CGUCUGGAUGAUCAUAAUCUCCUCUGCUGCUGCGCUGAACACAGCCAAGAAGAAGAAGAAGAAGAAGGAAUGGGGAACACAAAGAGCAGCACGUUGUCCAAGGAGCUCCUGGAGGAGCUGAAGUCCAACACCAAGUACUCUGAGGCCGAGCUGUGCAGCUGGUACCAGUCUUUCCUGAAGGAAUGUCCCGGUGGAAAGAUCAGCAAGGAGCAGUUUGAGGGCAUCUACGCCAGCUUCUUCCCCAACGCUGACCCCAGCGCCUACGCCAGACACGUCUUCAGGAGCUUCGACACCAACGCCGACGGCACCCUGGACUUCAAGGAGUACAUCGUGGCGCUGCACCUGACCUCGGGCGGUCGGACCCUGCAGAAGCUGGAGUGGGCCUUCGCCCUUUACGACGUGGACGGCAACGGGACCAUCAGCAAGAGCGAAAUCCUGGAGAUUGUCAGGUCCAUCUUCAACAUGAUACCAGCUGAGGACCAGGAGAACCUUCCGGGAGAUGAAAACACGCCAGAGAAGAGAGCUGAGAAGAUCUGGCGCUUCUUCGGGAAGAAGGACAACGAUAAAAUUGCAGAGGGCGAGUUCAUCCAAGGUGUGAUGGACAACAAUGACAUCCUGCGUCUGAUCCAGUACGACGAGCCUCAGAAGAUCAAAGACAAGCUGAAGGAGAAGAAACACUAGGCUGCUGAUGUCUGCGCCUCCGUUUGUUGCCAUAGCAACCGUACAGGAAAUCUUGGUCCUUGACAUUUACACACAUACACACAUUGGUACAAUAAUGCUAACGUUGUUUUCAGCUAAAGCUUAGGAAGUUAGCGGCGUCUCCCUCACAAAAGUGUGGCUGGUUCUCUGCUGCCCCCUGGAGGCAUGGAGUGUAAACACAUCCAUGAUGUCCAUCGGUCCCUCCAGGAAUUUGCCAUGUCGCCAUCGCACCAAUUCACGCAGGUUAUGCGCUGCCUCGCAAGCUUGUCCGUCUCCGGACAUUUUGGCCAAUCAACUUUUUCUCUGGGCGGGGCUCAUACGCGCGUCAACUGUCUCAACCAGACUUAAGUCUGUUUCUUGUGCAGAAGAAGCAGGAACAACAACAUGUAACAAUAUAUCAAUAUAUAUUUAUCAAUCAAACCACACAAUUGUUGUAGCUCAGACCUACUUCCUGUUCCUGGCAACAGCGCUAAGCCUUCUGGGUAAUGUUGUAUACAAACAUGUACUUCCAAGUUUCAUGUAUCUAUAUUAUUUACGUUUAUUUAUCCCGGCUAAGAGAACAUAUUUUCAUUUGCAACGCUGAUUUACAUGUUAGAGAUGUUGAAGUGUGAUGAUAAUCUCUCAUCAUGUCUUAGUUACAGACAAAAAAUGAGCGCAACAGCUCACAAAUGUUCUUAGUGUUCGGGGUUAAAUGUGUCGGAAAAUAAAGAUGGAUGUUUCAAGUGUAAAACAUACACGGAGAAUGUCCACAACUUGUGAAAAAUAAGGGAGUCUUUGGUGUUUCAAUCUGUAAUUAAUUAUUACUAUUAUUUGUUAUAAUUAAUAAAAAAACAGCACAGUAAAUUGAUAGUGAGUUCUAAAUAUGUGCUUUUACUGCUAUCUACUGUCUACUUUUAAGUCUGUGAGCUAUAAAACUAAUAAAACCGUAUUUG